AUGGAAAUAAAUGAAGAAUCAACAAUUAUUGUUGCUGAAGAAGAUAUAUUAGCUGCCACACAUUCAAAUGAAGAACAAAAAUACGCAUAUAAUUUAAUUUUAUCUAAAGUAUUUACAAAUGAAUCAACAAUAUAUUUUAUUGAUGGACUAGGAGGAACAUGUAAGACAUAUUCAUAUCUUGCUAUACUUGCUAAUGUUAGGUCUAAAAAUAUAAUAGCAUUGGCAACAACUUCUUCUGGAGUUGCUGCAGUAAUAUUGCCUGGUGGACGAACUGCUUAUUCAAGAUUUAAAUUUCCUCUUCAAAUAGACAACAACAUUUCAUGCAAUAUUAGCAAACAAUCAGGUUUAGCUAAAUUAUUGCAAAUAACAAGACUUAUAAUAUGGGAUAAAGCUCCAAUGAUAAGUAAAUAUGUAAUAGAAGCUUUAGAUGUCACAUUAAAAGAUAUAAAUGAUUGCAAUUUACCUUUCGGGGGUAAAAUGAUAGUACUUGGUGGAGAUUUUCGUCAAGUUCUUCCUAUUAUUCCAGAAGGAACAAAAGAAGAAAUAAUAAAUGCAAGUGUUGAUGCAAAUCAACCUUUCAUUUGUAAUAUUUGCUUGAAAAAAGAAUGUCUACUUGAACUAAGGGCUCGAAUUAUGGUUGAACUUCGUGAUCAAACAGAAACUUUAGAAGCCAUUAUGUUUGGUAAAAAUGCUGAAAUCUUCUUGUCCUGUUCUGCAAACACUACUAAAUCAGAUGUGCAGUAUAUUGUGACUACAUUCCUACCAAUAUCAACAGAGGAAACAAAAUCAGUUAGUCAAGUAGAAAUCAAAACAACUGAUAAAGAAGAAGCAAAAUCAACUCACUGUUCAACUGCUAAAGAAAGUUCUUUUUAA